AUCCUAUUGGCACCAGAAGAUGUAGGGACAGCACACACAGCAGGAUGGGGGGACCGCGGCUCCUGCAAACCUGGACACACCUCAAAACCACAGGUAGAAACAGUACAUCUCACCCUGCAGACAAGUGUAGGCCUGGUACCCUCCAGCCCAUCACACAACUUCAAGGUGAUCAUCAUAGCUCUCCAUCUGCCCAAAUCACCCACUCCCCCAUCAGAGAGAGGGACAGGCUCUUGGAACUCAAACAGGGACAUCUGACAUAUAUUGGUCACUUUCCCGGGACCACCCACAAACCCCUUGCCCCCAGCCUCCCGGCUGGCUGCAACUUGCCCUUUCUAACUCCAGCACCACUCAGGACUGAAGUUCGUACAAGGAAGAAAGUUAAGCUCAACCCACCCCCAUUUUCCCUUUUUUAGUACCUGACACAGAUGAGAAAGGCCCUUGGAGGAGGAACCCAGGACUCAGAGCCCACCCUCUCCUAGCCUUGUGUCCCACAAUGCUCCAAGCCACCUCCCCCACAGCAGGGUCCUUCCUGCUAGUCCUCAGGGACCCAGGAGGCAGCCCAGGACCAAACAUCAAGAUUCCAGGUUGCUCCUCUCCUCCACACCCUGCCCCCAGGCUGCUGGGCUGGAGCAGCUGAGCGGGUGGGCCCCGCCCUCUCAGCUGCCUGACACCCAGAGAGUAACUGAUCCAGGGGAGCAGGGUGCCAAGGGCCGGGCCCAGAAUAGUGCUGCCCAGCUACAGUGUCGCACACUUGUUCUCUGUUGUUCUGCAUUGGCCACAUGGAGCCCGAGCUGGAGCAUGCACUGCGCAGGAGCCCAAGGUGGAGCCGUCUUGUGGGACCUGAACAUCAAGAGAUGAGCUUCCUAGAGCAAGGAGAUAGCACUUCAUGGCCAUCACCGGCCAUGACCACCAGCUCAGAAAGAAGCCACGGGAAAUGGGGAGACAAGGCCUCAAGAUGGACAAGGCAGGAGGCUGUGGAGGAAGAGGAGGAGCCAGACCUGGGAGAAGGUCUUCAAUCCAGGCCAGCUGCUGAGUCCAUCGGGCUGGAGGCCACAUUCCCCAAGGCCAUACCUUUGGCCCAGUCUGCUACUUUGGCUGGGGUGGACGCCCCACUAACAGAGUGGGACCUCCUCUCCCCUGAGUGUACAGACUCAGCUGCUGGCUCCAGCAUGGACGAUCUGGAGCUGGGCAAGGAGUUCCCAGCUACGGCAAUCUGUAGCUAUGAGCUUGGCUGGGUGGAAGAGAGGCCUGCUCUGUGCCCGUCUCCGCAGGCCCCUUUACCCAAGCAGGGCUGGGAUGACGAGCUGCAGAAGCCAGGCGCCCAGGUCUACAUGCACUUCAUGCAGAAGCACACCUGCUACGAUGCCAUGGCAACCAGCUCCAAGCUGGUCAUCUUCGAUACCACGCUAGAGAUCAAAAAGGCCUUCUUUGCCUUGGUGGCCAAUGGUGUCCGGGCGGCACCUCUGUGGGACAACAAGAAGCAGAGCUUUGUGGGGAUGCUGACCAUCACAGACUUCAUCUUGGUGCUGCAGCGCUAUUACAGGUCCCCCCUGGUCCAGAUCUAUGAGGUUGAAGAACAUAAGAUUGAGACCUGGAGGGAGAUCUACCUUCAAGGCUGCUUCAAGCCUCUGGUCUCCAUCUCUCCUAACGACAGCCUGUUUGAAGCUGUCUACACCCUUAUCAAGAACAGGAUCCACCGCCUGCCUGUCCUGGAUCCGGUCUCAGGCAACGUGCUCUGCAUCAUCACACACAAACGGCUACUGAAGUUCCUGCACAUCUUUGGCGCCUUGCUGCCCCGGCCCUCCUUCAUCUCCCGAACCAUCCAAGAUUUGGGCAUCGGCACAUUCCGAGACUUGGCCGUGGUGCUGGAAACGGCACCCGUCCUGACCGCACUGGACAUCUUCGUGGACCGGCGCGUGUCUGCUUUGCCCGUGAUCAACGAAACUGGUCAGGUCGUAGGCCUCUACUCCCGCUUCGAUGUGAUUCACUUGGCUGCCCAGCAAACCUACAACCACCUAGACAUGAGUGUGGCAGAAGCACUGAGGCAGAGGACAUUGUGUAUGGAGGGAGUCCUUUCUUGCCAGCCUGAAGAGAGCCUGGAGGAAGUCAUCAACCGGAUUGUCCGGGAGCAGGUACACCGUUUGGUGCUAGUGGAUGAGACCCAGCAUCUCCUGGGCGUGGUGUCCCUCUCCGACAUCCUUCAGGCACUGGUGCUCAGCCCUGCUGGCCUGGAUACCCUCAAUGCCUGAGAAUAUCUGGAUCCUCACUCCCAGGCCACCUUCUACACCCAAAGCCAAUGAGGGAAGCCAGUGGACUUGGCCUUCAUCUUUCCCCACUCCCAUUAGCUGGUUCGGCUCUGGUUCAGGUAGGCU